CAGCUCUGCUUCGGGCCAAAGAGGCGGGAUGGACGAGACAGUGUUUGAGCUGUCGGCAGCGGACCUGGGGCAGGACCCCAACGAGGUGUUCCAGAAAGUGGAGAAGCUUGGAGAAGGAUCGUAUGGGUCUGUGUACAAGGCCAUGCACGUGCGGACGGGCAAGAUUGUGGCGAUCAAGGAGGUUGCGAUGGAGGACGACCUGGACGAGAUCAUCAUUGAGAUCAACAUCAUGAAGCAGCUGUCUGACCCGUACAUUGUCAACUACUUUGGCAACUACCUGCUUGCUAACGAGCUGUGGAUCAUCAUGGAGUACUGUGGGUCCGGGUCUGUGGCGGAUUUGAUGUCUGUGUGCAAGGAGUGCCUCACGGAGGAGCAGAUCGGGUGCAUUAUGGCGGACACGCUCAAGGGCCUCGAGUACCUGCACAAGAACAACAAGAUCCAUCGCGACAUCAAGGCGGGCAACAUCUUGAUCAAUGACCAGGGCCUGGCCAAGCUUGCAGACUUUGGGGUCUCCGGGCAGCUGAAGGACGACGACGCGAAGCGGAACACCGUGAUCGGCACGCCGUACUGGAUGGCACCCGAGGUGAUCCAGGAGAUUGGCUACUCGACCGGGGUGGACAUCUGGUCGCUCGGCAUUACGUGCAUCGAGAUGGCGGACUCACGGCCGCCACUGUGCAACAUUCACCCAAUGCGGGCCAUUUUCAUGAUCCCGCAGCGCCCGUCGCCGACGCUGACGUCGCCGGACGAGUGGUCGGACGAGUUCAACGACUUUAUUGCGUCGUGUCUUGUCAAGGAGGCCGCGGACCGGCCGACAGCGACCCAGCUCCUCAAGCACGCCUUUGUCAACAAGAAGCACUCGCGCUCGUCGCUGUUGGAGAUGAUGGAGCGCGCGUCGACCAUCAUCGAGGAGAAGGGCCGCAACUUUGAGUCGGACGACGAAGAGGCGUCCGAGGAAGACGACGACGACGAUGACUACACCGGGACCAUGGCCCGCGUCGACGCGCCCGACGACGGCACCAUGGUCCGCGCCUCGGCCGAUUCCUCGGCUCCGGACAAGAUCACGCCCGAGUACCUCGUCAAGAUCACCUCGCGGAAGCAGGCUGACAUCCUCAACUCGAUGCCACUCGACUCGCUCAAGGCUCUGCUUACCCAGAUCGACGCGUCAAUGACCCGCGAGGUGGCCGCCAUCAACCAGAAGUACGAGAAGAAGAAGGCGCCCAUCCUGACAGUGCUCGAGGCCAAGACGGCCGAGUCGUAAAAAACCAUCACCCCACCGGCCUAGUGCACACUACUUGGCCGCAUCACCCUCGAGCUUGAGAAGGAGCUGCGAGACG